UCUUGGGGGAGGGGUAUCAGUGAUGGGGGGGCAGGAUUCCCCUGCCCCUCAUGUGCCCCCUGCGGUAAAGGGAGAGGUAUCAGGAUCCCCUGCCCCUUAGGGGGGCACCUGCAGUAAAGGGAGAGGUAUCAGGGUCUCCCCCCUCAGGUGCUCCCUGCAUUAAAGGGAGAGGUAUCAGGAUCCCCUGCCCCUUAGGGGGCACCUGCAGUAAAGGGAGAGGUAUCAGGAUCCACCCCCUGCAUUAAAGGGAGAGGUAUCAGGAUCCCCUGCCCCUUAGGGAUCACCUGCAUUAAAGGGAGAGGUAUCAGGAUCCCCUGCCCCUUAGAGGGCAUCUGCAGUAAAGGGAGCAGUAUCAGGGUGCCCCCUGUAUUAAGGGGAGAGGUAUCAGGAUCCCCUGCCCCUUAGCGGGGCACCUGCAAUAAAGGGAGAGGUAUCAGGGUCUCCCCCCUCAGGUGCUCCCUGCAUUAAGGGGAGAGGUAUCAGGAGCCCCUGCUCCUCAGGUGGGCACCUGUUUUUCCAUCUGCCUCAGCCCAGACACCCCCCCACACACACACACACAGUCACACCAACUCUAUGCAAACUGGGGGUGGGUUUAAAGUUGUGCCUGAAGCCACGGCAAGUGCAGCCUUGCAGCUCCUGUGCCCGGUCUUGGGUCCAGGCCCUUCUAACGCUCUCCCCUGUCGUUUCAGCCUAGCCGCCAUGGACGCCUUGUACAGCCGCGGAGUCCUGUUUGCCGAGAUGCUGCAGACCGGGCCGCCCUGGCUGGAGCGGUUCUGGCUUUCGAUGACCUUCCUGGCCGAUCCCAAAUGUAUCUUCGUCGUCUUCUUCCCCCUGGCUUAUUUUCUGGACCGGAAGGUUGGGGUGGCAGUGCUGUGGAUCGGUUUAGUCUCCGAGUGGCUCAAUGUAGUGGCUAAAUGGAUCUUGUUUGGUGAACGGCCAUUCUGGUGGGUCUAUGAAUCUGGAUUCUCCAGCAAGGAAAAAGUCCUGCUUCGCCAGUUCCCUGUCUCCUGUGAAACAGGGCCAGGUAGCCCCUCUGGCCAUUGCAUGAUCACAGGGGCAGCCUUGUGGCCUAUCGUCACUGCUCUCACGGCGUUGGCAUCCCGACACUCCACUAGCCGGCUGGUGAAGCUAACCCCCUUCCUGGCCUACUUUCUCCUCCUGCUGGCUGUGGGGCUCUCGCGCAUCUUCAUCCUGGCGCACUUCCCCCACCAGGUGCUGGGUGGCAUUGUGGCUGGAGCCGCCUUGGGCUGGAUGCUGGAGGCCUGCGUCCCAGCAGAGAGGAAGCUGAGUUUCUACCUUGCCACUUCGCUGGCCCUGCUGCUGAGUGCCAUUGGGCUGUACUGGAGCAUGGUCGCUCUUGGCGUGGACAUCGACUGGUCAAUUCACCUGGCCACUAAGUGGUGCCUGAACCCGGAGUGGAUCCACAUAGAGACGAGGCCCUUCUCGUCGCUGUGCCGAGACACAGCCUCUGUCGUGGGCCUGGGCCUGGCCACCCACUCCUCCUUCUACACCCAGCUGAGGCACGAGAGACCCGGCUGGAAGCAGCAAGCCAUGGGCGCUGGCCUGGCCCUCGCUGCCCUUCAGGGCCUGAACGAUGUGGUGCAGCCAGAGAACAUCGUCCUGUGGUACAGCCUGAACUUUCUGAAAUACGCCAGCUUCCCGUGGGUGGUGGUGGCACUUGUUCCGUGGCUGGUCCGGUUGCUCCCUCUCACGCAGAGCCGGCCACACUCCAAGUAGCACGUCCAGUGCAUCAGUGAGCCAGACAGAUGGCAGGUCACUCACCCUAGGGGGAGUGGCUGGAACUGCCCGCAUAUCCCUAAACUAAAUCUCCUAGCAAGUGGCAGCAUCUGUCCUCCCAGCUUCCAACGUCACUAGAUGCAACACAGGCCAAAUUCUGUUCUCCUGUCUGCUGGUCCAGCCCCCUACGUGUCAGUGCAUGAGAGCAGCUGGCUCUGGGCUAGAGGAGGAUUGCACUGGCUAGAACGCCUUGCUGGAAAGCAGUUAUUUAGCCCUGCUUUGGCUAACGCAGGUUCUCCUCUGGCUUAGACAGGGGGCCUCACGCUAGAAGGAUCCAAAUAAACCAGUGUCUUGGAUCUGUCCCCUUGAGCAUUAGCACCAAGGAGGUUUAGCUGUGCUGGGAGCAAGGGCUCUGGGGUAAGCUCCAAACACAAGACAAGGUGUUGCAAGGUGGGCUGUUUGGAGGACCAGCUGGCCCCGUGUGGCUCCAACAUUGGUAGCUUCCUGUCUGGACUGCAGAGAAACUGUUCGGGCUGGUACUGAAGACCUUGUCCUGGGCAUCACGCCAUCCCAAUGCUUGGGACAGUUGUGUGUGGAUGCUGUGGAUGCAUCUGCACUAGAAAAUGCGGUACUCUAUUCUCCAGCUGCACAGCUACUACUAUAGGCUCAGAGAAAUGUGGGGCUGGAAGGGACCUCAAGAGGUCAUCUAGGCCAGUAUUUCUCAACCUUUUUGAUACCAGGGACCAUCUUGUUGCCUUCCUAAAGGCAUGGAGCUCUCAGGGACCGGGCAUUGAGAAACACUGAUUCUAGUCCAGCCAGCUGUGCUCAGAGAGGACCAAAUACAUCUAGACCAUCUCUGACAGAAGUUUGUCCAACCUGUUCUUAAAAACCUCCAGUGACGGGUGCCCCACAACCUCCCUUGGAAGCCUGUUCCAGAGCUUCACUACCCUGGGAGUUAGAAAGCUUUGCCUAAUAUCUAACCAUCUCCCCGGCUGCAGAUCAAGCCCAUCUCUUCUUUUCCUAUCUUCAGUGGACAUGGAGAACAAUGGAUCCCCGUCCUCUUUGUAACAGGCCUUAACAUAUUUGAAGA